AUGUCUCUGACCUGCGAGGUUCACUCCUUCAAUGAGCAACCAGAGACCUGCCAACUGUGCGAGUAUUACAACGACUUUCGAAACAUGCUCGCGGGCCUCGGAUUGUCUGCGGCCCCAGGAGAAGACUCAUGCCGGUGCUGCGGGCCCAACAGAUGGAUGGAACCACCGUGCCAGAACCCCGAUUGCGAGCGCAAUCAGAACCUGCGCGCCCUGCGAGCGCAGAGACGCUACGACCCGGAGUUCAAUGACGGCCCCCGCAGGAUCUACUGUAUCAUGACGCAGCAGCAGCAGGCUCGCGUACGUGAGUACGAAAGCUCAUUGCCAGAUCAGCGGCUUGAGGUCAGAGGGACCCUACUUCCGCCUUCGGCUGGAAUGACAGGCCGCGACAUUUUGCAUUGGGAGCAGUACUGGCGUCAGGUACUCGAGUGGGGAGUUCUCCAGGAGCUCCGGGACCACGAUGACUCGAUGGAGCUCUCACUACUCGCGGCACUGGGUUCGUAUGACGGUUCCUACAACGGUGACACCGGUCCGCGAGAUCGGGCUUGUGAGCGGCUGCGCGCAGGAGGGUGGCUCCCAGUCCCACCUCGCACCAUCUCAAGGUUCGACUUACUCCGCGUGAGGCUGUGGGAGACACAUCCCGAAACCUACCUGCACUUCAUCGAGGAAUAUGGAGAUACCGAGAUCUCGCCGAGUGUAAUAGCCGGUAUGCACGCGAUGCGAGGCCAGGGACCUGGGGGACCGAUCACUUGCACAGCCGAGAAGUCCGAAGCCCCGGUGCGGACACAGCGCCUUCAUCCAUGUGUCUGCGAAUUUGCUGAUCUCGAAAUUUCGCAGGGGGGACUCCCACCGAGGGCCGAUAAUCCUGCGGCGACGGCUCAGCCUGAGAGACAUUUCUGGGAGCCCUAUCUUCGGCAGUGGCGCAGAACUAUCCGCCUCGGAACGGUGAGAGUGUUUAGUCCCGGCACCUAUGGGUUUGAAGACUGGCCCAAGCCUCACCGCAGGCCCCGUGUUGCACCAGAUGGGCCUUACAUACCCUCCCUGUCCAGACUGGAACUGACUCCGCUCGAUGGAGACGCUGACGCCCCUAGUUCCUAG